AUGGAACCCAACAGCAACAGUGACUCGGGCUCUGGCCCGAGCUUGCUGCGGCCCGCGGCGGCAUUUGCACUGCUCAGUAACGAGCGGGGCACUGCAGUCGAAGAUACUUUCGUCCUGAUGGACGAUUUGAUGCUCGGCGACCUUUCGCAGCCGCAGUGUGCGGCGGGCGUACCCCUGUUUGGAGUCUACGACGGCCACGGCGGUGGCGCAGCCGCGAAGCACUGCGCGCGGCGCUUGCACCACCUGAUUGCUGACCAGCUGCUCGGCGUGAUCAAGGCGGCGCCGCCUCCCGACCCCGCGGCCCCCGCCGCCGAGUGCCCCCUAGACGCAGCCGGCGUGAGCGCGGCGCUGCGGGACGCGUUUGUGGCUACCGACGCGGAGCUCAAGGCGAGCGGCGUGCUGGACCACAACAGCGGGUCCACCGCGCUGGUGGCGCUGCUGACGCCAGCGACGAUCUGGCUGGCGUGGGCGGAUCCUGCGGGCCGGGCGCUGCGCCAGAGCUGCGGCAGCCUGCCGGCUGUUGCCUCGUAG